UGGCUCCGCCUACAAUGCAACGCAGACAAGGGAACCUCCAACAAGACAACAGGAGCAAAUGCUCUACUACGCUAAACUGUCAUUAUAGAUAAGAUUAUACUAUUCUGAAGACACGGAUUCAAAGAUAGUGUAAUAACACUGUUUUUUCCAAGCGGAGGAAACCCGACAACAAUCUUCAGAGUCAACUGUACUUCACAGCCAUUGUCCGUGUCGGGAAAAAGCGACAACUAAAGGCCGCCGGUGGUACUGCAGCUGCCGGGAGUUGUAAGUGAGACAUUGGGAGUCUGAAUUAUUUAACGGUGGAAAAUGAGCUCCGAGGAGGCGGCAGCUCCAACGAAAACGGGAACAGAUGACGAUGGCAUGUCCUGGUGGUACCGGUGGAUCUGCAAAAUAUCUGGUGUGCUGGGUGGCAUAUCAUGUGCCACAAUGGGAGUUUGGAAUUGUGUGACUGUGAAUCCCUUAAACAUUGCAGCUGGAGUCUGGAUGGUGUUAACAGCAUUUGUGCUGUUUCUCUGUGAGGUCCCCUUCUGCUGUCAGUUUAUUGAGUUUGCAAAUGCAGUGGCGGCGCGUGCAGACAGGUUAAAGCCGUGGCAGAAAGCUCUCUUCUACUGCGGGAUGGCACUGUUUCCUAUUUGUCUGAAGUUGAACAUUACCACUCUCUUCGGGAAUGCCAUCGCCUUUGCCACUGGAGUGCUGUAUGGACUCGCAUCCCUUGGAAAGAAAGGUGAUGCUGUGAGCUACGCCCGGUUGCAGCACAAUAAACAGGGUGAUGACGAGAAAGUUGCAGGCACCACAGAUGGUUCUUUGCCGUGAUCUCCUCCUUCACCUCCUCCUUUACUCCUCUACCUCCAUUCCACCGCCCUCUCUUUGUGUGUGUUUGUAACCUGACUGGAGUGACCCAUCACUUCAUUGUUGGGAUACAGAUAUACCAAAUUAUUUUUUGAUCAGUGAAGUAAUUGGGUUUUAGGUGAAUAUUUGAUUUAAACUCUAAUGCACAAUUAAGUCUUUUUGUAUUUAUUGAAAAAUAAUUUUGUCUCGCAUUAUCAAAUUCGUAUCGGGUUGACCUUCGGUUUUUAACUUUAAAUGUUUUUUGUGUGUCAUUCGUGAGGGUUGAUUAACUACCGUCACCUGCCUCAUAUUUACAUCAAACAACCUCAGCACCAGCACAGGGAUUUGAAAUUAUGGCCAUUGGGAAUUUCCCACAAUUCUUUGCGCUGCAGAUGAUCACAAACAGAAGCAUUUGUGACGUGUUAAUCCGUUAAGACACUUAACAAACUUUGAAUUAUAAGUUUAAGCAUGGUAAAACGUGUUUCAACAAUUGCAGGGAUAAAAAACUGAAUCUGUGAGUGUUUAUGUACCUCCGUUAACAGGCCUUUACACUAAAUCCUGCGCUGCAGCAUGAUGUGUUUAUCAAUGCUGGAAUGUAUUUUUGCUACGCUGCUUUAAAAUCUUACAUUCAUUGAUUUUUGGCGGAUGAGUAUUUGUGUGUGUACUGGUUGUUUCAUGUAAGAGCUUGUAAUUGUGAGUGAUGGGUUAGAUUUUAAGGUUGCCCCAAGUUUACUCUGCGUCUUCAGGAACUUGUGUGUGUUUCUCUAAAGUUGUUCAUGUCUUGCCAUCUAAAGAAGGGCUUUUUAUCUAGAACAAAAAAAUAACUGGGAUGCUUAAUGAUGCAGUGAUCACAUUUUGCAUGUUUUGUCAAAGGCGGUUGUGCAGAAAAUGAUUGUCCUUCUCCACAUCAAGAAGCAUAUAUUUAACAUUUAUUUAUUUAUUUACAAGAGAAAACUUACAGUUCUGAAAUCUUAACAGUUUUAUAAACUAAAAACGAUUAUUUUUCAGGCAAACAAACUAAACUGAACCAGUCUGGUCCCAACACUGAACGCUAUAAAAAGCUAUUAUUAAAGUCUGUGUAAAGUCCGAUCAUAGAUAUGUAUAAAGGCUAGAUGUCUUAUGGCCGAGUCCCUAACGGCAUCACCAGGCGGCCAUCUUACCACAGGGCGCUCGCUCACUCGUAGCAUUGAGUUAAAUGGUGCAGGUACUUUUAAAUGACAAUUACUACCGAUUUUCAAACUGUUUGUUUUUUUACAAACGUUAUUAACGUGGCUAUAAUUCUGGAUGAUUUAACAUGUUUCAUGAAUUUUUAUUUAUUUUUAGUAUAAGUAUGCAGUGUCAUAGAGUCAUCGUCGACGUUUAUAACCAACCAUACCGUUUGAAAAUUGGUAAAAAUUUAAGCAAGUUAUGGUCAUUUAAAAGUACCCGCAUCAUUAAAACUCAAUGCUACGAGUGAGCGAGCGCCCUGUGGUAAGAUGGCCGCCAAAAUGUGGAUGUUCCACUCAAUUGGCCAUCAGCGCGGACGCGACAUCUAGCCUUUAUACAUAUUUAUGAGUCCGAUAUUAAAUGUGUUCUCAAUUUGUCACAUCACAGACCACCAGGCCAAAUUUGAAUGAUUAAAAAACGCCACGUAAAAAGUAAGUUAAUAAAAUUCUUUAAAAAAAAAAUUAGGCCGGAUUCUCUGUUCUCAAACGCUGAGAGCGUGCCCGCGUCGGCGCCGAAGCCACGCCCACUCGCGAGAAAGUCGCUGGGCCUAGGGGCGGGGCCAUUCGCGGAGGCUGCAGUGCGUCGCUGAGCAACUGUUUUAGCCCCUCCCAUAUCAUCCUCAACACAGAAAUGUGGGAAAACUAAUGUUGUAACUCCACAAUUCAGUAGUGCUUCAUAGUUCACAGGCUUUGUAACGCAGUUCAGCAAUAUGUUUCUAACAUUUAUAAUGUGUUUACAAACAAUUCUCUGAAAUGACUUUACACAAACUUUAAAAAAAACAAAACAAGACUAACGCUCUUUAUUGCUGAGGUCAUUCUGUACGGUUUCUACUUUAGUGUUCAUACGGUUACAGCAUUUAUUCUGUAUUAAAGGUCACAUGUUGUCUCUAAACUUUAUAAUAUUGACAUGCGGUGAAAGUUAAUUUUCAGGUUUAGUUGGAUGUUAGUCUUUUACUAACACUUGAGCUUUUGCAUCUGUGAACGAGUUUGAUCUUUAACUCCACCAGCACAUUAAUCUCAUUAUACAGAUGGGACUUUACUGGAAAUGUGAGUUUAGUAGGACUAUCUGUUACUAACUUUGGUAGACAUUUAGUUGUGUUUAUAGCAACACUUGACUUACAGUCACAAUGAUCACAUAUAGACACUAUUGCUUUCAAAUAUGGCAACGUUUAGUAAGUUAUAAACUUUCAAAAUAAAAAAUCUUUAAUGUAGCUAAGCUAUGAUCCUGGCUCUGUGUGUAAUGUAUUUGUUUGAUUGAUGAAUGUAACUCAUUACUUUUGCAUUGAUGCAUUAAAAAAUCUCAUCCAUGAUGAUGUUUUCUCCAUGUGAUAAAUAAAGUCGUCCAUUUUUGACUUCA